AAUUAUCUCUAAUAAUUUCUCCGAUAUUUUACGCAUAAUUUAAAACAAAUUUAUAUCGUUGAAGAGAAAAUGCGAUACUUUCAGGAUGAAAAAAAAACAUUCUUUUCAUGCAACUGUUUUGCUGCGUCGUAAAAGCAUAGAGUUUAUAAAGUGACCGCGAACGUAGAUAUUUUAAUGGAAAGCUUAUUAGGCUCACUUCAAUUGUAUCGUUCUGCCAUCUGACGAGCGGCGUGGCAAGGUAAAGCGAGACGGCAGUGAUGGCCGCCAUCGCGAGGCCUUUAAUCAGUGACAAGUGAUUCGGAACGGUGUUUUUUCGCAUUUAGUGUUAAAGGAAUUGAAUAUAUUUAGCUGGGAGCCACGGUUCAGGCCCCGCCGGGCCUUAAUAAUCGGUUGCAACGAAGAAAUGAACAGUCCAGGACCGUCGUCGUCCGGUGGCUAUCCGUGUGUGCGCUGCGACGAGGGGGCUAGCGAUAUUCUGUCGAUAAGUAACCAGAAGAAACGAAAAUUAACCACGGAAGACAGCGAUGAGAGCGAUUAUCAGGACACCGAGUAUCAGGACAGUGCGAUCAUGUAUUACGAUGAAUUCGAUCGCGAUAACAGCGAAGCGACCUUCGACGAGACGGACAACGAAAGCGACGUCGAUUUAGAGAGCGAGGAAUUGAACGAGUUGUUCGAAGACGUCGACGACGCUGACGAGUGGACUUGCGACGGUGACUUUCAAAGAUUAUCGUUCGAGGGUAAUCCAGGUUUGCAAUGUGCACCGAACGGAGCGGACCCCUACGACUUCUUCGAGUUCUUGUUCGAUAAUUAUUUCUUUUCGACGAUCGCGAUGGAGACGAAUCGAUACGCGGAAACGAAAAGCAACAAUCAAUGGAAGGAGAUGACCGUGACGGAAUUCAAGACGUUUCUGGGCCUGUUGUUACACAUGGGUACCAUCAAAUGCCCGAAAUUACAAAACUAUUGGAGCACCCAUCGAUUAUUUGGUUUCCAUUGUUUCCCUCAACGCAUGAGCAGAAACAGAUUUCACGAUAUUCUACGUUCGUUGCGUUUCUCUUCCGUCAACGGAAGCAACGAUCGGUCGAGUAAGAUUCAACCGGUCAUCGAUUAUUUCAACGAUAAAAUGAAACAAGUUUAUUACCCGCACAAAGAGUUGUCCUUGAACGAGAUAUCGCUCGGUGGAAGAGACAGAUCAGCGUUCCGACGACACGUCGCAGAGAAGAAACACCGACGCGGCGUCAAACUGUACGCCUUGACCGAUAGUUCCGGCAUGGUUGUCCGCCUCGAAGCGUCCACCGCGACCGCAGCUGCGAGCGCAUGCGCGACCGAAAGCGGAACCGGAGACGACGUGAGCGGCAGAGCUCACGUGACCCAAGUGGCGCUACGUUUGAUGGAGGAUUUCUUACAGAAAGGACAUUCGGUGUUUGUCGAUCGUUUUUGUUCGAGUUUCGCGCUGAGCAAACAGUUGCUCGAGGAGAAAACUUAUUCGACGUCGGUGCUACGGGGAUUAAGAAAAGCAAACGGCGAGGAUGUGAUCAAAACGAGGCUGGUUAGAGGCGAGGCGAUAUCUCGUCGUAAAGAUAACUUUAUGAUUGGUAAAUUCAGGGACGAGAAGGAAGUUUUAUUUCUUUCCAGCGAGUUUACGGCGGACAUGGUGGAGUUGGAGAAUAAAAGGAAGGAGAAAUAUAAGAAACCUUUCGCUCUCCAUAAAUAUAACGAAUCGAUGAGCAACGUUACGAAAAGGAAUUAUAUGUUAUCGUGUUACACUUGCUCCAGAAGAACGUUUAAAUGGUAUAUUCAGUUAUGGAUAAACGCGAUCGAAAUGUUGUUGUUGAAUUCGUUUUUUCUCUAUUACAAGUAUUCACCGUUGGUUAGCAAAUUGAAUUUUCACGAUUUUCGUUUGAACAUUAUCGACUCUCUGUUGUUCGAAAAUCAUAGGGAAAACGUGCAUCUUGCUUACCGCGAAUCCGAACAUUUACCCGAAAUGUUGCCCAGAGGUUUAAAUAAUAAAGUAAGAAGAAAGAGGUGUAGACAGUGCUUCGCGAGUUGCGUGAGAAAAGAAACGAAUUAUUUCUGUAGCGGGUGUAAGGACAAUCCGGGCUUGUGUUUAGGAAAAUGUUUUAGGGAGUAUCAUAAGCGUAAAUGAUAUUUUUAUGGAUUAUUCGUUGCGAACAUUUUAUAUUUUAUAUUAUACGUACGAGUAUAUAUUUUACUCGAGCUGUUUCCGUGUACUUUCACGACGUUUCCGAUCAAAUUCACAUUUAUUCGCUCGUUCUUCUACAAUAGUUGCACAAUUACGUUUCUAUUUUACGGAGCUUUGCUUUUUAUCGUUAGUUUUCAACUUAGAUACGAUUAUUUCCUACGAUUACUUUAUUGUAUACGUGCUAUGGAAAAUAUGAAAAUUAUUUAUUUUACCGUUAACAUAUUAGCAGAGAGAUUUUACUCCGUCGAAUAUUUCUUUAUUUUCUUCUUUACGAAGAGAAAAGUUAGUUAACUUUAGGACUAAUUUUGGUUUAUACAAAGAUAGAUGGAAACAAACAAAUUUAUAGGGCAAUAUCUUUUUGUACCGUUCUUUCUGUGUGUUACCUAAUCUUUUAAUCUCCCACAUUUUCGAAAUAAAUUUUAUUUUUGAUCAAGUA